CCGCCAUGACUCCAGAUUCCGUGCGCGAAGGCCAGCAGCGGCCGGUGUACGGUGAGUCACUUCUGUUGUUUCUUGGAUUUCGUCCUUUCGUUUCAACCCUUCCUUACCUGCCCCCAAGCACACCUUUGCCUUUUCAAGAAGAAUAGUGGCUGAAUACUUCCAAGAAAGAGUUCGUUCGCAGCCGGAGAAUCCGUUUGCGGAGCUCAUUCCGCACCAGGAGAUAGCCAUCAUCCCAUCUUUCACGCUCGAGUCGGGCGUGACGCUUUACAAUGUCCCUGUGGCAUACACCACCAGGGGCACCCUCUCGCCCAACGCCGACAAUGUCAUGGUCAUCUGCCACGCGCUCACCGGCAGCGCCGACGUGGGCGACUGGUGGGGUCCUCUCCUCGGUGGUCCUGGCCGGGCGUUCGACACAUCGCGCUUCUUUGUCGUGUGCAUGAACAGCUUGGGAAGCCCCUACGGCACUGCCAGUCCGGUUACCGCCAAGGACGGAGACCCCUCCAAAGGCCGGUAUGGUCCAGAGUUUCCUCUUACCACCAUUAGGGAUGAUGUCCGGUACGUUGUGAUGUUCUUAUCCUGGAGAGGUGUUGGUUCUCAUGCUCAUCAUCAUUAUCAUCAUCAUCACCCUUGUAGGUUGCACAAACUACUUCUCGACGACCUAGGCGUCAAACAGAUUGCUGCCGUAAUUGGCGGGUCGCUUGGUGGUAUGUUCGUCCUCGAAUGGGCGUACUUUGGAAAGGACUAUGUGCGGUGCAUUGUGCCCAUCGCCACCUCGAGCAGGCACAGUGCCUGGGGUAUCAGCUGGGGCGAGGCCCAGCGGCAAUCCAUCUAUGCCGACCCCAAGUACGAAGACGGCUACUACUCGUUCUCCGACCCUCCCUCGACAGGGCUCGGUGCGGCGCGCAUGGCCGCACUCCUGACAUACAGGAGCCGAAACUCGUUCGAGUCCCGCUUCGGCCGUAACAUUCCCGAUCCCUCACGCCGGCAGACGAUCCGCGAACGGCCCGCGCCCUCCACUCCCUCCGAGGCCCAUUUCCACAUCCAUAACGACGGACACAAGUGGACGAAAAGCCCAUCUCGCAGGGCCAGCGAGGCACAGCAAGCUCCCAAGAAUGAGGGCUCGGGAAGUGCGUCCCCGGAUCCGCAGUUCCACGGGUCAAAGAACGGCAGCCUUACGGGCGGCGAGGUCAUCCCGCCGACUUCGACCUAUUUCUCGGCCCAGUCAUAUCUACGCUACCAGGGUAACAAGUUCGUCAAGCGCUUCGACAGCAACUGCUACAUCGCGAUGACUCGGAAACUGGAUACGCACGACGUGAGCCGGGGCCGUGCUGGGACGAUAGCCGAGGCGCUGGCCAUGAUUGAGCAGCCAACCUUGGUUCUCGGCAUCGAGAGCGAUGGGUUGUUCACUUUUGCGGAGCAGGAAGAAUUGGCAGAGCACAUCAAGAACGCGCGGCUAGAGCGGAUUGACAGUCCCGAGGGUCACGAUGCCUUCCUACUGCAGUUUGAGCAAGUCAACCACUACAUCCUGGACUUCUUGAGGGAGGUCCUUCCGGAUAUCAUGAACAAGGACACCGACGGUGCGGUGGUGGAGAGCUCGGUUGGAGAGUUGACCAAGAGCAGCACGUUUGGCGAAGCCGAGGUUGAGGAUAUCACGGCAUGGUAGUGGCCGUUGAGCAUUGAGCUUUCAAAAUCAUCAACAAAUCAGCCCCGUUUGUCCCAAUGUCGUUACCGGGCUACCUGCGCCGGCUCCCCUGGAAGUAGCGCCCACGCUGUGCACAUAUGCGGCAGUUACACCACAUUGGAGGAGUCAUGCAACUAAGCAGUCAGAAGGAUGCGGUGGUUAUGCAGGAGCUUGCAUUGGCUUGUCAAAUCUCCGACCCGUUUGCGAUCACGUUCGGCGCGGCAACGUGGGGGCGCCUCGGUCGAGCGGCGCACCCCGCGAGA